AGAAGAUUGUUUGAAAUUCUAAAUACAUCUAACAUGUUUUCUACAUGUGGUGAGAAGGUGAAAUUGAUUUUAUUAGUUUACAAAAUCAAGAUGGGAUAUCUUUUGGAAUUAUUCAAGAAAUGUAUAUAUAUGGUUUGGAGUUAUUUACAUGGUCUCUUCAUGUCAAGAUCUUCAAGCACCAUGGAACAAUAUGAAGAAAUAUCAAACAUGCAAGGUAUUUGUGGAGAUACUUGGGAAGGUUCUAAAGUUUACAUUGGAGCAUUCAAGGUUUUAUUGAAGAAAAAGUACAUGUUGAAUAGAAACCAAUGUACUAAUUUGUGCAAGAAAAUUGAAAAUGUUACAAAGAUUUUUGACCACCUUAUAACUUGCACCAAUGAUAAAUUAGAGUUUGGACUUUUAUUAAGUGAGCUAUUUUUUAUAUUGAAUAAAUCUUACUCUCUAAUAAAGAAAUGUGGAAAACCAAAUUGGUGUGAAGAAGCUUUAUUCCAAUUCAACAAUAAAGAGACUUUUAGAGAACUAAUUUUGGAUUUAAAAUGUUGUUGUGAUAUUGCAAGUGAUAUGCUUUCAAAGUAUAAUUCCUACAAAUUUGAAGACAUUAUAUUUAAUACUUUUGAUGUUCCAACAUAUCAAGAAGUAGAAGAUGAUAUUAUAUUAUUAUAUAAGAGAUUGAUCCAUGCAAGUAAAGAAGAAGAUUUUAAAUAUUGUGCAUUAGCAAAGCAUCUAUUACAAAGAUGCAAAGACUUGUAUCACAUUGAGAUUGGAGAAUUGGAUGCUUUGAAUUUUUCAAUAGAUAUGACAAGUCUUGAAAUCAUAGAAUGUGUGAAGGGAAAAUUUGGAUCUUUUGGAGAAGUUUACAAAUCCAAGUGGUUGGGACUUUUGUGUGCGACUAAAAAAAUGGAUGUUGCAUUUGCUAAGUUGUUCAUCAAAGAAGUGAAUAUUCUAGCAAGUGUAAGCCAUCCAAAUUUGAUAACAUAUUAUUUUGCAAUGAAAGGUAGUGCUAAUGGAAGUGUUGAAGCUUUUGAAACAAAAGACAAAAAAGAAUAUUUGUAUAUUGGAAUGGAAUUGAUGCAAAACAAUUUGAGCAAUAUGUUGGAAGAAGAGAAAGAAGUAUCUUAUAUUUUUCUUAUUGACAUCAUGCAUCAAAUUGCAAAAGGAAUGUGUUACUUGCAUGACAUGCACAUUGCACAUCGUGAUCUAAAGCCUGAGAAUAUUUUGGUUAAUAUUGUGGAAUCAAAGAUUAAGAAUAAAAUUAUUCGACAUGCUAUUGUGAAAGUGAUUGACUUUGGAAUGUCCAAGAUUGAAGUUGGAAGAAAUUCAGUAGCCGCAAAAAAUAAUUACAUUUAUGGUAGUCCUAAAUAUAUAGCUCCAGAGGCACUUAAAAAUAGAUUUCAAACAAUGGCAAUGUGUCCUUUUGAAGCUGAUGUUUACUCAUUUGCAAUGAUAUGUUCUAAGAUUCUUUCAAAGAAAGAUCCAUUUCAUGAUGUUCAUGACCCAAAAAGAAUAUUAGAAAGAAUUGAAAAAGGUGAAAGACCAAAGCUACCUUCAAAUUGUGAUGACUUGAUGGAGCUUAUUAGAGAUUGUUGGAGGUUGAAUCCUUUGCAUCGGCCAAAGUUCGCAUGCAUUUGUGAAAGAUUGAACUCAUUAAAAUGUAAGUUUUUAGUUGGAAUGAAUGUGCCAAAUGCACCAUAUUUUGGAGUAUCAAAGAACAACUACCAUCAAAAUGACGAAUUGCAACAAACACUCUAUCAAUUGCCAAAGGGAAGACCACAUUAGCAAAGGCUAUAUUGGCUAUUGUAAAAGACAUAUAUGAUGCAUCAUGCUUUGUUGAAUGCAUUGAAAAUGGUGUUGAUUGCUUCACAACUUCUUGCAACAUUUUAGAACAAUUUAAAGUCAAAUCAAAACCAAAGGAUGUUGA